GGUUUCUCUAGUUCGUGGGGUGGGAUUGUGUGCAUGACUCGAUGGUCGUCCUACCAUCCAGCGCACUGACUCCUCUGGCAUGUGCGUCAUUCGGAGCAUCACCGACGAAUGCAUACGUCAACACAAAAACAAACAGUCGUGCGAGCGUGUAUCCCCUCACUCUCCGCCUCACAAUAAGCAUUGCAACUCCCAAACUACACCUCAACACCCACUUCCUGACUACCACCACCACUACCACCAUGUCGUCCUCUGCGCUCAACUACCCCCUCCUCGCCAUCCCCGCAUACUACGCCUUCUCCAUCCUCCCCCACAUCUACGCCGGCACCAUCCUCAGCUCAGCGGGCUAUAAACCCAACAAUGCGAACCCCAAGGCCUCGCUCUCGCCCGACGCCGUAAAGGGAAAAGUCCCCGACGCCGUAUUCCAGAAGUACCAGCGCGCCGAAAACGCCCAGUCCAACAACGCGGAGCAAAUGCCCUUGUUCGCCGUCGCGGUGCUGGCGAGCAUCAUGGCGGAGAGGGCGACGGCCACGGGGCUGGGCCAUGCGGUUGCGGGCAAGGACAUCACGGGGUUGAGCACGUUUGUGGGCGCGUGGUUUGUGGUCAGGGCAGCGUAUUGUGUUGCGUACGUGCAGAUUGCGGAUCAUAGCACGAGUUUUGUGAGGAGUGGGGCGUAUGCUGUUGGGACGGGGUUGGCGUUUUAUCAGAUCUAUAAGGCGGCGUCGGUCCUCGGUUGAAGUCAUCUGGAGGUCAAAAAUGGCGGAAGGUAGGAAAGUCAGCGAGCGUGAACAUUGGCAGUUGAUCAAGAAUUGACUUGUGUACUGGAUGCGUAUGACAGAAAUAUGCCUCGUCGGUAUAAAUACAAGAUAUCUCCUUGACACGAUGUGGUCCAUCGUUCUCGAGCAUAUCAUAAAACUAAAGUUACAAUGAAGCGCAUCGACUCGUCUUAGUCUAAUCAACAGCCUAUCAUCCUUCAAAUAGAA